AUGCUGUGGCUGCUCCUAGCCCUCCCCUGCCUGGGGGGCUCCGUGUCCCGGGCCCCAGACCCCCGGCCGCGACGAGAGCUGGUGGGCAUCUUCGGGGGCUGCGAUGUCUCUGCCAGGAGGUUUCCCUGGCAGGUCAGCCUGCGGUUCCACAGCUUGAGGCACGACCAGCGGAGGCACAUCAGUGGGGGCUCCCUCAUCCACCCCCAGUGGGUGCUGACUGCUGCCCACUGUGUCCAGCCGGAGGAGCUGGAGGCUUGCGCCUUCAGGGUCCAGGUUGGACAGCUGAGACUCUACGACCACGACCAGCUCAGCAGGGUGGCGAAGAUCAUCCGCCACCCCCAGUUCAACGAGAGCCUGGCUGCGGGGGGCGCGGACAUUGCCCUGCUGGAGCUGGAGGCCCCCGCGACGCUGUCCGAGCACGUGCACCCCGUCUCCCUGCCGCCUGCCUCCCUGAGGGUCCCCCCAGGGGAGACCUGCUGGGUGACUGGCUGGGGUGACAUUGUGUACAAAAGCCACCAGGGCAGCCCCAGGGCUCCUCUGCGGCUGAAGCAGAUUUGUGGGGAGGCUCGUGAGUACGAGGCUGCCCACCCCCGCCAUGGGAUCCCGCGUCCUGGUGCCCGGCCGGUGUCUAGACGUUCAGAGCCGCUGCCCCUGCCCUACCCCCUGCAGGAGGUGGACGUCCCCCUCGUGGGGAAUGAGCACUGUGCCUGGCAGUACCAGAACCACUCAGGCGGCUCCUCACCUGCCAGGGCGACUCCGGGCCCUGGUGUGCAGGUGGAACUGCUCCUGGGUCCAGGUGGGGGUAGUGAGCUGGGGCAGCUUCUGUGGUCACCAGGACUUCCCUGGGGUGUACACCCGUGUGACAAGCUACGUGUCCUGGAUCCGCCGGGAACGUCCCUGGGUUCCCGGGCCCUAGACGGGUGUCACGUGGAGGAGAUGCCCGUCUUCCCUGGCGGCCUCCCGGCCUCCCCUGUCCCAGCCUCACCCUCCCUUUCUGGCCCUGCGGCCUCCCAGGGCUCUGUGUGCUCCUGUCAGCCGGGCCACGGAGGCCAGAGAAGGAUCCCAAGAACCAAGCCCCAGGCCAAGCAGCCUGCCGUGGGCGUGGGUCCAGCCCUUGGGGAGUGA